GCUCUCUCUCGGGUUUGUGCUGAAGACUGUCGUUCAACUGGAGAGACGUUUUUUUUCAUGCUAUCAUCCAGUUACCUAACCGCUUUGCCAAAAAUAUUAAUCGGAAAAGCGAACGUUUUCUUCCGCGUGAUUAGUUGGCCCCUCUGGACCGCAUUCCUGGAUGACAUCCUAUCCCUCCACCAAUCUUUCCCAGUUUCCUUAUUCCCUCUAUAUUAAGGAUGCUUUCAACACACACUAUCUAUCCCAUCGGUUAAUGAUUGACAGCGUCGGUGUAGACGUGGUUCCUGGGCUGAACGGAGCAAUAAAAACACUCGCAGGGGGCGAGGCAGCCGGUGGGGGAAUAAAACGUGAACAGAGGUGUGAGUUUGGACUCACAGCCAGCAUUGGUGACGUGCUUUUUAGUGGUAACUUGGAAUGCCACCAGUAACAGAUCCUGCUUUGCUCUGGUUCAAGCGUACUUUUCCGUGUCCGGUUUGACUUCUUGACUGUCAAUAAGAUAAGUGGGACUCCUGACUGGGUGCCAAGAUCCUGGGAAUAGUGGGAUGAUUUAAAAAAGCUCCUACGACUGGAUGAAUGAAGGACUGAGCGAACGGGCGGCGUUAAGAUCACCGCAUGGAAACUUUCGGGUUCAUUUUACGGGAUGCUGUGUUCAAUGACCUUUCGCUUGUCACAGUGAAUCUCAUGGAGUGAAAACAAAAAACACAAAAAAACUUGAAAAUAAUCUGUUUUUAAUUGAAACUUGUCGACUGGAUUCAUAGUACUUUGGCAUCUUAAACAUGGCACUUUAUGUAGAAGGUCUGAGUGAAAGAGUGCCCCACAAAGGCAUGGCUCAGUUUCAGGAAAUGAUGCGGCAGCAGCUGGAGAGCUCCAUGGACGCAGAGCUGGAGAAGCUGGUGGACACGGUCACGGGGGCCGACAGAGACGUCUGCAUGAAGGAUUUUAAGGGCUUCAAGAACCUCUUCCACAGAUUCCUGCAGGUGAAGGGCCCGUCUGUGGAAUGGAUCAAGAUAAAACGGCCUCCAGAAGACUCGAUCCAGCCGUACGAUAAGAUCGCAGCCCGGGGUCUGCCAGACGGCGUGGCCACCAGCCUCAACAAACUGGUGGUGGUGAAGCUGAACGGAGGUCUGGGUACCAGCAUGGGGUGCAAAGGCCCCAAGAGCCUGAUCAGCGUCCGCAACGAGAACACCUUCCUGGACCUGACCGUGCAACAAAUUGAGCACCUGAACAAGACGUACAACACUGAUGUUCCACUGGUCCUCAUGAACUCCUUCAACACAGACGAAGAUACGAAGAAAAUUCUGCAGAAGUACACACACCACCGGGUCAAGAUCCACACCUUCAAUCAGAGCAGGUACCCCCGCAUACACAAAGAGUCUCUCCUCCCCGUGGCUGCAAACCUGAGCAUGACGGGCCAAAACGCCGACGGCUGGUAUCCUCCCGGUCACGGCGACAUCUACGCCAGCUUCUACAACUCCGGCCUGCUGGACAAGCUCAUCGCGCAGGGAAAGGAGUACAUCUUUGUGUCCAACAUCGACAACCUGGGAGCCACCGUUGACCUGCACAUCUUGCACCACCUGGUCAGCCAGCCCAACGGCAAGCGCUGCGAGUUUGUCAUGGAGGUUACGGAUAAGACGCGCGCUGACGUCAAGGGAGGCACCCUGAUCCAGUAUGAAGGAAAGCUCCGCCUCCUCGAGAUCGCCCAGGUGCCCAAAGCUCAUGUGGACGAAUUCAAGUCGGUUUCAAAGUUCAAGAUCUUCAACACCAACAACCUGUGGAUCUCUCUGCCUGCCAUCAAGAGGCUGCAGGAGCAAAACGCCAUGGACCUGGAGAUCAUUGUCAACCCGAAGACGCUCGAUGGAGGGCUGAACGUCGUCCAGCUGGAGACGGCGGUUGGCGCGGCGAUCAAAUGCUUCGACAACGCGAUGGGGAUAAACGUCCCCCGCAGCCGCUUCCUCCCUGUCAAAACCACGUCGGACCUGCUGCUGGUCAUGUCCAACCUGUACAGCCUGGAGGCCGGCUCCCUCACCAUGAGCCCCAAGAGAGAGUUCCCCACCACGCCGCACGUCAAGCUGGGCAGCUCCUUCACCAAGGUUCAGGAGUACCUGACCCGCUUUGAGAGCAUCCCCGACAUGCUGGAGCUGGACCACCUGACCGUCUCUGGAGACGUCACGUUUGGGAAAAACGUGUCGCUGAAGGGCACCGUCAUCAUCAUUGCCAACCACGGCGAUCGGAUCGAUAUUCCGGCCGGCUCCAUGCUGGAGAACAAAAUAGUGUCUGGCAACCUCCGAAUCCUGGACCACUGAGGCCUUUUCCCAGCGUAUCGCCGCCCCCUUCACUGUGCAGCCCUGAUCAUGUGACCUGUCCUCGACCCACUUGUCCUGUUUAGCCACUAAGAAACACAGAGGAUUUCUCUUCUCCGGAGGUUGAAACUGGGCUCUGCUGCCCUCUGCUGGCUGAUUAGUAUAUAACCAUUAGGAAGUGUUAAUUAAAUAGUCCUAACUGCGACCUUAAUAAGCCUGAUAUAUAGAUUAACAAUAACACCUAACUAAAGCAACUUAAAAAAAUGGAUUACAUUUUUUAAUCUGUAGCUACUAGAUUCAAUGAUAGCACUAAAAAUAUGAAAUAUUAAGUGAUAUUGGCUGUUAGCAGUGGCGAUGCAGAACUAAUGCAGAAGUCGGGACAGCUUAAAUAUGGAGACGUUUUAAAAAUUAAUCACAAGAAAUGCAACGCAUCCGCGGCUCGAUGAAACUCGUUUUUCGGGAUUCAAGAACACGCACUUGAAUGCAACAUGCCAAAACUUUCAUAAUUUUAUGUAAUCUUGUUGAAACUGUAACACUCACGUGCUGAAAAAUAACUUAAACCCAGAUUGAGAUUAGUAAAAAAAAUUUAAAAUAAGUACAUUUUCACUGUUUACAAAAAAUUCCACCGUUUUGAAAUCAGAUCAAUAUUUAUGGACCAGAGGCUUUGAAGGAAUUCAGGAAUGUUUGCCUCACCCGUUGCAGAAACGUUAAAAAGUUUCACACACAGUGUCAAACGAAGCUAAAAGAACGUGUAAAGCUGAGUUGAAGAGCAAGUCGUGAUUCUUCACUCUAUUUACCUGAAAACAGAUUCAUUUCACACAUGCAAGUUCUCAUUCAGCUUCAUUGAAAUAUAAAAUCUAUAAUCAGAGCAGCUUUCAAUCUAACAAAGGUAAAAUUUUGAGAGUGUGGAGCCACUAAAUGACCCUGAGGUGAUAAAGUUGUGCUGGCCGAUAAGUUGAUUGUCUCUAAAAACCAUGAAAACUGUGAGAGACCUUUCUGUACUUCCAUUGCAGACGUUCAGUUUCCAACAGAACUGUCUCGAAUCGAAGCUUGUGCCAUGUUUUCAUGUUCUUACAGCAGAAAACCUGACAGGACCAACAUUCAGGCAUGUUGUAGCUUAUGUGUUUGUAGAAACAUGUGUCAGUUUCAAUGGAAAGCCAUUACUUUACCCCUAUGAGAUUAAACAAAAGGCAUUCUUUGUGUUUGAUUGUAGCAUGUCGUGUCGUCUGAAGCCUCUUCGUCCAUCCAACUCACCCAGUGCCGUUUCUGUAUGUGCAGUAUUUCCUGUUGCUUUGGUUUACACACAAAAUAGUUUUUUAUUCAUUGUCAAACCAUGUACACCAAGUCCUUUUUUCUUUUUUCUUUUGCAUGGUAAUACUUGAGAUGGGUUUGGCUGGUGCAUACAAGGAGCAAUAAGUGUUGAUCUGUGACAGCAACAACGUUCCCAGCCCAGUUCUGCCUCCUCAGAGCUGAAUAAAGUGCAAUAUGAAGUACCGAA